UGUAUACUGACCUAUCGCUGAAACAACUGAGACUUGUCAAACAUGACACGGGAACAUGAAUUAAAGGCCCAAAACCUUGGAAAAGGAAAAGGUUUUCGACACUUAGUCACACAAGUCGGAGAAAUCAUCACUUGAAAUCAGAGUCGAUUCUGCGCUUCAGGCUUUUUAGUCACUUUCCCUUCAGCCCUUCAGGAGUGUGGGUUUGCUUCUCCCACAGCCAUAAAUGACCGGGUUAGUCAGCUCUGCUUAGGGACUGGGAUCAGUUUUCUACAAGCUCUUCAACUUUUUUUUUCCUAACCAGACAUGUCAAAUUUGACUUUUAACAGCGAAUAUAUUUAUAAUUUACCCGCGGCUGCUGUUCAUGAGUUCACCCGUGUUAUGGAUUCACUCCCGGAUUCAGACUGGCUGAGAUUUGCUUCCCGAGUUAUUUGUGACCAAACAGAGCUUCGGCUCGUGGAGCAGAACAGCAGACGGACGGAAACACUAAUGCACAAGUGGGGCUGCAGGAACGGGACGGUCGGAGAGCUCAUAACCAUCCUGCAAGAUCUGGAGCUGUUGAGACCUCGAGAUAUCAUUCUUAGAUCAUGGCAUAUUCCGCAGCCGAGCUCUGUCUCCUCCAAAUCCCUACCACCACAGAGUAUCACCCGCUACAGCUCACCGCCCCCAUCACGCUUUACCCCCUCGAAAGACGUCACCCGAUCCCUCACUAUUCUAGACACCAAGCUGCUAUCCAAACCUGGACCUCCACCCCCUGAUCCGACCAGAUCAUGUCCCUGUCCACCAUCAGCAGUUUUAAAAGAAGGAAAAAAAGAAGAGCCUCCUUGCAAUUGCUGUGCAGCUCAGUCGCCUCAGUUCACAGGCGUCAUGUCCUGGCAGUUUGACGAAGUACAACGAGGUACGGACUGUUUCUCCCCAGCCAGGCAGAUCGGAGAGGGAGGCUUCGGCCACGUGUACCGCGCCUCCAUGAGGAACACCGACUUUGCAGUGAAGAGGCUCAAAGAGGAUUCCCAUCUGGGCUGGAGUGUGGUGAAGGAAAGUUUUAAGACUGAGGUGGAAAGACUCUCGCAGUAUCGACACCCAAAUAUAAUGGACUUGGUUGGCUACAGUGUGGGAGGUGGAACGUACUGCCUUAUCUACGUGUACAUGCCCAGCGGUUCUCUGGAGGACCGGCUGCGCUGUGAGAAUGGCUCUGCCCUCUCCUGGUCACAGCGUGUAAAAGUGCUCAUGGGUUCGGCACAAGCUAUUCAGUACCUUCAUUCCUGCUCUCCUGCACUCAUCCACGGAGACGUCAAAAGCUCCAACAUUCUCUUAGGGGAACAUCUGGAACCGAAGCUGAGCGACUUUGGCCUGGCGCGGUUUUGUCGUAGCCCGAGCAGGACUCCAGGGAAGACGAGCAGCGUGGCUCAGACCUCUACGGUGCGCGGCACCCUGGCAUACCUGCCCGAUGAGUACCUGAAAGAUGGCCAGUUAGGCAUGGAGAUCGACGUUUACAGCUUUGGAGUGGUGCUGCUGGAGGUGCUGACGGGCCGAAGAGCUUUAGAAACCAGCAGCCAGUCAAAGAAUGUUUACCUGAAAGACCUCGUGUCGGAACUGGAGGACGAUGGGAGUUCUUGCAGCAGAAGGAAGGACACUCGAGAGCUCUCCAAUUCACAGGCAGCUGAAAACAUCUGGAAAAAGCAUCUGGAUCCUUGGCUGACUUCGGAAGGAACGUCUGGCCCUCACAGGUCAAAAGAAAUCGCUCAGCUGGCGUGUCGCUGCUUAGACCGGCGGAGGAAGAAAAGGCCGCCGAUGACUGAGGUCUUCAACACUCUCGUGGAUGUAGAUAAAAGCUUGAAGGCUUUGAACAGAACAGUCACAGACGGAAGAUCCCCGACUCCUCCUCAUCUGUCCAGCCCGAAGCCUCUGCGCUCCAAUAACUCUGUGGACUCUCUCUCGCACCAGUUCUCAAAGCUCGGCCCUCAGGAGAUCACUUUCUGCUGCUCGUACAACCCCAGCUUCCCACGACCCCCUUCCGCAGUGACUUGCUCAGAACUUCCCGAGUCAAGAAGGAGACCGGGAUCAUGGGAAAGUCGCUGUUCCUCUUUUCAUGCGCCGUGCGAAUCGGAUGAGAGUCAAGGGUGUUCGCAGUAUUUUGGGUCGACGUGCACAGGGCAGAGAAACGCAUCUCGGGUGUGGCCUGAGGGAAACGGCCAUAUCGAGACCACACAGUCAAGUAGCUCGUCCGUCAGUACACGGACGCCGUCGAGGGUCAAUUCAGAAGACGGAGUUAUUAUUAAUCCAGUCAGACAGCGCUUAGUUGAGAAAAUGGUACUUUACGAGGAAGGUCGAAUCCCGACCUCGGCUCUCUUCUCUUCUGGCAGUUCAUCAAACGGAGCGAUGAAUACACAGCCACGGGAACCAGAAGAGAGCGACGAGUUUGCGAACAGUUUCAGCUAGACCACGCAAACUGAGAUCUUCUGACGAAUUCCAACACUUGAAAGCAAAUCGGGUACGAAGGCGCUCCGCUGGACAAGAUUUCCCAACACCACAUGUUCUCAACACCAAAAUGGUGACCUACUAACUGUUUUAUUAAUACUAUAUGGAUAUAUUAUAUUAUAUAUACGUUUUAAUUUUUUUUUUAUAUGUUGGAUGGAAAUUUCCCAAAUUUCCUUCUGUAUGAGUAAACGUGUUGGAUUUAAGGAGAGACUGCAUAAUAAAUAUGCUUGAUGCCAAGUUCAUUACGUCCUGGAUUCUGCAAUCUGCACAAAAAUCCCAACUCUGUCUUCCUUCUGUCUGAAAGCGGACGCCGGUCCAGAACAGAACGGGUCGGACUGCAUCGUUGGCGGUAACAACUGUGAAACUGCGAUAUGUUGAGACUUCAGGAAAGGCAAACGGUUUUAAAGCCAGGCCUGGCGGCUGAGAGUCUCGAUUUGGCGGCCUUUAUCCCGCGACUGCACAUUUCAUAAAGACUGAAACGUGCGUCUGACUGAUUUAAUAUGAAAAUAUUUGUCCAAGAGCGGUUGAAGUGAGCAGUUUGGACAUUUCUUCGUCUGAUUUUCUUAAGACUACAUUGCACUCGAACGAGAAAUAUUACCUUUCUCGAGUGUCCUGUGAUUUCAACACCGUUCCUGUCAUGAAUGAGGUCUUUAUCAUUGAGCUGGACCACUAACUGGGAGUCAAACAGUUUACUCUUUCUUUUUCCUUCAUACCUUUUCUGCUUCACGUUUCACACCGCAGCUCGGAGCUUUCCUCUAAGCUGAAUAAGUCAAUCAUUCAAGCGCUGCAUUAUUUCAGGAGCAAUUUUACACGAUUUACAAGAGAUUUCUUGCUGUCGGAGUUCAACGCCGUUCAGUUCAGUGUCAUUUUCCACAUCCACGUUUAUCACAGUUAAUACUGACUUUGUCAUUUUAUUUUUUACGUGUAUGUGUAUCCUAGAAAUGGGCGAGAUAUAUUUUUGACAUCACAAUAUUUCUACAAUACGUAAUAUUUAGGUUUGGUAAACUGCCACCAUCAGUUUUUUUCGUUUGGGGGGGGGGGGGGACCCCAUUAUUUAAACCUUUUUUUUUUUUUUUUUUAAUUUAUCAUGGACAAAAAUAAACAAAUACUGAUGAUUUAUCUUUAUUAAAACAUUUUAAUCAGCUGCUUUCCAUCAGUGUUAUAAAAAUCUUAAUGAUACUAAUUAUAUUAAAAAAUGCAUAUUGAGAUGUUUUCAUUAUCACCAUAUCAGUAUAUCGUCAUACGCUUGGCUCUACUGCCUCUGUCUGUCACGGUACGUUCCUGUUUGACUGUUGGGUUUUUUUGGAUCUUAGUGACAAGGGAAGAAAUAAAAAUAUUAUGUGAAA